AUGAAGCUGGCAUCCACGGUUCUGGUGGUGGCGAGUGUAUUCGCACCCGCCACUGCGCUGCAGGGCUUUGGCGCUCAGUCCAUCGGAUAUUUCCCCUAUUGUGCCACGGCGUGCAACCGGGCGUUGGGAAGCAAUUUCUUGUCAUGUUCCUUCGAUGGCUACAUCCCCGGCGGCAUGAUGGACAGCGACUCAGCCUCGGCCACGCCUGCGUGUCGAGGGAGCAACAUGCCGUUCCUCUCCUCGCUGGCGUACUGCAUCAGCACCCACUGCAAUCAUGACAUGGGCAUCAUCGAGACCUGGUGGGCGGCCAAGAGCACGGGGUCAGGUGGUGCCUUUGAGCCGCCCAAGUGGUCCUAUCAGGAGGCUUUGAUGAACGUCACAGCUGCACCAACUCACGUCCUUACGGCCAAAGAUAAUUUGACAUCGACUGUGCUUUCCAACGAGACCAGUUACCGGAAUCAAUACGGCACGCUGUUCAUGGUGGACCGUGAGGAGUUCCUACAUGAGAAAUACGGGCUUGUCCUCCUUAUGGUGGCCGUUGGCAUCCCGCUGCUCGCCACUUGGCUAGGCUAUCUUCCGUUUGUGAACCCUCUCAUCCACAAGCUCAAGCCCUAUAUCAUCUGGCCCAGCACCAUCGGGUCGUAUCAAGUCCGGCCGCUCCCCUAUCUCGGCGGAACUGCCCUGACAAGAGGCCAAGCAUUGUACGUGGCUGCAAUGGCCAUCCUCACCGUUGUGUUCAUGGCAGUGCACUAUGAGACGUAUCAGCCGAACCUGUGGUACCCAGGCCAGAGCGUCGAGCUCAUGGCAUAUGUUGUAUGGCGCACCGGCUGCUACUCUCUCGCCCUGCUGCCCGUUGUUCUUCUAUUCGCCGCCAGAAACAACACUCUGCUGUGGCUGACCAACUGGUCUCAUGGGACGUACAUUCUUCUUCAUCGCUGGGUGGCCCGAAUAUUCGUCUUGCUUGUCAUCAUCCACUCAGUCCUCUCUCUCGUCUACUAUGUAAAGACGGCAACUAUGAUUCUAGCCUGGGCGAGGCAUGGUGGGUUUGGGGAUGCGUGGGAACUGUCGCUAUGA